AUGUCGAAGACGGAGCUCGCUCCGGGCGCCCGAAGACGAAAGGAGACGGCUCUGACAGGCCCCUCGAAGGAAAGCCUUCGCUUGGGUGUAUUUGGAGACCUGACCACGCAAGUCGAGAGACUCGAGGCUGCAAGAAGGCACCCGCUUGCUCGCAGCCGUCUCAACGACUAUGUUCUUGUUCAUGGAAAUAGCCACGAGAGACCACCCUCCUUCGCGUAUCAGAAUCCGGACGCGGAUGUCAGUCGAGGCUCCCUGACCAAGUACAUGAAUUCCCGUGAUAACAUCACAGAGUACAUGCUGGAGUAUCGACGGGCAUUUCCUCCAGUCUCAGACUAG